AUGGCGUGUGCUUCUUUAUCUAUUACCAGCAGCUCUCCCGGCAAUAAUUCAACCGCCGAUCAGCAGCAGCAGCGUAGUUUAUGUCGUUCCUAUUCGUAUUCUUAUUCCCACAAAGAUUUCAAAUGUCAUGGAAGAAUCAAGAGGUCUUACUCAGACAACCAUCUCUGUUAUUCAAUAAACAGUAAUCGAGCUGAAGCAAAACUAAAGAGCAGUCAUUCCACUAGUAUGUUUAGUUUCCAGAUGAUUCCCAAUACAUUUGGAUCUAUUCUGUCUGAUCCAGAGGCAAGCCAGGGGAUGACCGAAGAAGAAGAUGAAGAAGUGAUUGAAACGAAACGCGCCAAUUGGAUUGAACGGCUCAUGGAAAUUAGGAGUCAAUGGAUAGAACGGAAAGAGAAUGAGAAAGGAGAUGAAGAUGAAGAUGGUGAACUUGAAAAAACUUGUGAGGUUGAUUAUGGUGAUGAGUUAGUUGAAGAGGAUGGAAAGAUGGUUAUGAUCGAUAGUGAUUCGUUUACUAAGUUGUUGUCGACUGUUUCUUGGUCUGAUGCUCGGUUUUUGUCACGGUUGGCCUUCCUCAGUAACUCGGCUUAUGUUAUUCAUGAUCUCAAGGCUACAGAUUUGAAAAGGAAAUAUGGCCUGAGAUUGGUAACAUCUUCGUUGGAGAAGAAAGCAGCGGCAGAAGCAGCCGCAGCAGGAGGAGUAGAAUCUAAAUCUGAAUUAAAUGGAGAUUCAUCGGAUUCAAUCAAAUUGGAUGGAAAGAAAGUAGUAAAAUUGGAACAAAAGCGUUUAGGCCGUCCUGCCUUAGCAUAUGAGAAUAUUGCUGCUUCAGCAGCGUCUUAUGUGCAAUGCCAGACAAACCAGACUGAGGAAGUUGAACCAAGGGUGCACAAAUCGGAGGUUGCAGCUUUUGCAGCAGCAUCAACUAUGACGGUUGUGGUGGCUGCAGGGGAGAAAGAAAAACAGGAAGCUGCAAAGGAUUUACGUUCUCUUCAUUCUUCGCCGUGCGAAUGGUUCGUAUGUGAUGAUCCAAACACGUAUACCCGAUGCUUUAUCAUUCAAGGGUCCGACUCUUUAGCUUCUUGGCAGGCCAAUCUCUUCUUCGAGCCUACUCAAUUCGAGGGGAGAGAUGUUCUUGUUCAUAGAGGAAUAUAUGAAGCUGCCAAGGGAAUAUAUGAGCAAUUCAUGGAUGAUAUUAUGGAUCAUUUGAAUAGGUAUGGCGAGAGGGCAAAGCUUCAAUUCACCGGUCAUUCACUUGGGGGUAGUCUAUCACUUCUUGUUCACUUGAUGCUUUUGACAAGAGGUGUGGUCAAGCCAAAUGUUCUUAGACCCGUAGUCACCUUCGGCUCGCCAUUUGUGUUCUGCGGUGGCCAGAGGAUCCUCAAGGAGCUAGGCUUGAACGAGGAUUGUGUCCAUUGUGUGAUAAUGCAUAGAGAUAUCGUUCCCCGGGCUUUCACAUGCAACUAUCCACCUUAUGUAGCUCAUAUCCUCAAGAGGUUGAACUCCAAUUUUCGGUCACACCCUUGCCUUAACAAGAAUAAGCUACUAUACACUCCAUUGGGUAAGAUAUUCAUUCUCCAACCGGAGGAUGAGUCGUCUCCACGACAUCCUUUACUCCCUCCCGAGAGUGGACUCUAUGCCUUAGAACAUACACAAUGGUGCAAUUUGGCAGAGAAAGCUCUAAGAGACUUCCUUAACUUUCCCCACCCUUUGGAGACUCUAAGUGAUCCAACCGCUUAUGGAACGGAUGGAACGAUCCUUAGGGACCAUCACUCGGGAAACUACUUGAAGGCGAUCAACGGGUUCCUAAAUAAACAAACGGGGAAGGCGUACGAGAAAGUGAGAAAGCAUAGAAGCACAUUGAGACCGAUAAUAACGUCACAAUCUCCACAAAUUUGGAUCCACAAACACAAAAGGCUGGUGUUGCCUGAGGUAAUGUCAACUAGUUGAAACUAACAUGCAUGGUCAUGAUGUGUGUAAAAAGAAAAGGGUAUGAGAUUGAGAUUUGGACUAUUGUGCAUGAAUGAAUAUGGAACAUGUGAAUAAUUGAGGUUGUUUAAUAUAAAAUUUAUGUUGUUUAUAACAUGUUGA